AUCUUCCCUCCUCGUUCAAGGGUGAAGAUUUUUGCGGAGGAAAUUAAUAUCGAUUGAAUCGCACUGUCUGUGCGUCGCCCAACUAGACAACUUUAUAGAGCAUUCGCCGUGAAAAAAAGGGCAAUCGUGAUCGAGGUAAGAAAUACGUGUCUAUGCAUUUAUUCAUAAUUUAGCUCGCUUAAACAAGAUACAUGUACGUCCAUUUGUAAACAAAAGUUGUUAUGGCAUAGCAGUCUUUCUUUCACUAGAUUAGUCAUAUUCUAAUUGGUAUGCAGUACUACUCGAUAAAUGGCAAAUUCGACGUACCACUGGCAUGCUACCAGACGAAUUAAAUUCCUAAAAGGCAAGAAAACGUAUCUAUAUAGAAUUGAAGGAUUAACAUUCUACACCAAGUGUUUAUCUAAAGAAUGCUAUGUGCAUUCCAGUGUUGUCGUACUAAAGUAAACACAUCAGGGGAGAGGGACACCUCUUGGAACCAGUUUUGGCUUUCUUUUGCUUGUUAUACUACUGUUAUUGGUUCCUUUAAUUGUUCAAAGGGUAUACAGAGAUACUCCGCAUAUCGCAAACAAAGGCACAGAAUGUUUUCUGUUGACGGAAUAAAAACGAAUCUCACCUUAGCCUAGGCAAGGAAGAGCUUAUUGAGCAUUAUAAGCGAACACUGUUUCUCCAAGUUUAAUGGCAACAGAAAAGUACUGUCUGUAUGAAUGAUUGCCCUAACACAAUUCACUUCGCUUCCUUUAUUUUAUUUACGUACAUUGAAGCAGUUACACAUUUUACUUGGGGAAAAGAAAGAGAUUCGUCAAUUCACUGAGUCGACCACAAGGAUUUCUGUUAUUUAGAACUCCUAGCCUUGUUAACAGAUAUUACACUGCAACAAUUAAUUGCUGUAUCCAAGCGAAAACGAAGAUUUGAGGUCACUGGUGAUGAAAAGUAUAAAACUUAACACUCAUUAUUUGCUGAUAAAAUAGUAGCCCAGAAGGUAGAUGUACACUUCUAAGAUAAAAGUGAUUUCUUUGAAAACAAUGAUUGCUAUCGGAUUUCUGAGAAUUCAUACGGCGUUAACUCCAUUACCAAUAGCAUUUACACUUUUGGAAACGAUCAAUAAGCUCUGACCGGUGAACAAAGAAACUGGACAAAGUUAAGACGGCAUUCAAAGUUUAGCGCCGGGGUUCUCUACAAAUACGUACGUGUGAAAGGAAGAAAUCUACAGUGUAGCAGAAGUCUCCAUUCUGCGUGCAAGGUCCCCACUUUUUUAUAAGCGAACAAACAUUUUCUUGAUUUGUAUUUUUUUUCUCCCUGUGCAUAAUCUCUCUUUGCCUUAACUAGUAGGGAAGCAUCAUUUGAGAGUAUCAUAUCUUCUACUAAUUCUUGAAAUUAUGAAAACGAAACCAAAAGUCUUGUCGCAUCAUUUGUUAUGUCUCUUCUGAGCUCUCCCGGCUUUUCGCCAAGUGGAUCAUAAAUUUCCAAGAAUACGAAAACUCAAUGAGAUCUUGUUCCGUUUUUUGCUAGCAGUAGUCAUGAAUCGCAUCAUAAUGACUUAUCCGUACAAGACAAAAAUUAAUGUUGAUGUGAACAAACGUCGAUGAAAUGCUGUUUUAAUUUGUGAGGGCACUCGUUAUGUCAUUCCUCAGUAGCAGGAUUCCAAGAAGACUGAAGAAGGAUUCAGUGCAACAGGUCAAUUCACAAGUUUCCUUGAGACAUUGUUAUCGUUGUUUUUGUUUGUUCGCUUUUCUUUUGUCUGCUUUUUGUAUUCUUUACAUAGUAAUCCAUACCCCUGAUAGACUUUGCCAAAAGACGAAAUAAUCUUCGAAAAGAAAACAUGUUGACGCUUGACUGGAAAACACCUGGCCCUCGCUCUAUCCGUAGGCAACGUUCUAGCCUCAUUAAUGAACAUUGGAGUUUUUUUUUUUUUGUCCUUUUUAGAAGAAGAUAAUUGAAAGUAUUGUGUUGAUAUAAAAGCAUAUAAUCGUGAUUCAAAAUAGGUAUCGGACUUUACUCGGCUAAAUUCCUGUCUCUGACCCGACGGCCCUUUUUACUGCUGAUGACGGAUGUAGGCAUUGCCUUACACUGGGAUGUCGCUCAUUACGUGCUCUAUGCUUGAUCUGGUCAAAGAAAGAUACGACAAAAUCUUGAAAAUAAGCCUGGGGAUUAUAUUUUUCAAAGGCCCUUUUUGAGGGGCUUAUUUUUGGAGGGGUUUAUAUACGGAGGGAAGUUUCCGUUACAACAACAACAACUUUAUUCUUUGUACAAAAAAUACAAAAGCUGAAUAGUUUGCCCCUCAAGUAGGUGCAAAGCUAGUCGUGGAGGGGCAAGACAAGUACAUCAAUAACACAAUUAUCUAGUAAAAACAAAAACCUGAAACUAUUAGAAAGCCUUGCAGAUUGCAACUUAAAAUAAAUAAAACACAGAAGUUUUAACGCGGCGCUUACUGACGUACAAUGAUAACACAGAAAAAGAAAAGCAGACAUUAAAACCUUUACCAAGUGUAUCUAUCUAGCUACUUUUUGAAUAAUCAUGCAUGGGAUUUGAAUAUAGUCAUCUUCCUUUUCAAGGAUAUCAAAUAGCAAUUUGCGGAGAAUCUUUUGAAAGCUUUCUUUGGAAGAUCCGUUGUAUAGCGUGGUAUCUUAUUCCACAGCUUUACUCCAAGCCGAGAGAAAGAAUUGCUUUGUAUUUCCAGUCUAGAAUUUUUAACAUAGAAAUGACUUUCCAGACUGUAGACACAGACUCAAUAAAGAAAAGUUAUUGGAAGCAAGAUUAGUCUUGCAUGCCUGACCUCAGGCAGCAAGACCAUAAGUUAAACAAGAAUCACUUCGUGAAUUUUACCGGGGCCACUUUUGUCUUGGCAACCCACGUGGAAGGGUCGUUUUUAUCAACAAGUUUGUCGGGCGACAUGAAAAUCUUUUUUAUUGCAAAUAUUCUUUAGAGAUGAAAACAAGGUGUAAUGAAUAAUGUGAAAAGUUGAACAGUUGAGAGUUUUCGCAUGUCGCUAACGUAAAUAUUGCGUGACAAAGGUUAUGUGAAACAGUCUUUUUUGGUUUUUCAUUACAUUUGUAGUUAAAGCAGUGAUAGACUUUCUUGUAAUGAGUCUUAAUUAUUUGUCGGCCAAUAUUUGACGAAGUUUCCUGUAGCGAGUGCGAAUUGUAAGGUAUUGAAACGCACAAACAAAGUUUCGCGCAUGCAAGUUUAAUAAGUUAAGAUUUUUGUUUUGUCGUAGUGUACACAGUUCAACAGCGACUAAGCUUUGUCAUCGUUAGGAUGAAUACUGUAACAAUAUUUUUCAAUACACAGGGAUCUCAUUCAUUGAUAAGUAGCAAAUAUAGUCGCAUUAACCAUUCCGUUCCAAAACUAAUCGAAUUAAUAUUUGGCCCUAAGCCUAUUUAAUGAAUAAUUAAUUUUCUUUGAAUUAUUUCGGUAUACUUCUAAAUCACAAAGGUAAACAAUUAUGUCCAGUAAAGGUGAGGGCAUAAAAACGCCCCAGCAAUGGUUUAAUGCAAAUAAGGAAAGAGGACAGGGCAAGGGGAGAAGGAAGGAAAAAGUAAUUUGUUCGCAUGGCGAGUGUGUUAGAACGAAUGACUGCGUUGCAGCAAAGGUCACAUGUAAUUAAAACUCCAGAGCAAUAGAUGAGGGUUCACCCGGCAUGAGUCAACUCCCAAUCAUAGGCUGUCAAGUUACGCAGUUUUUCUCACGUGUUCAGAUCGAUUACAUAAUAAUAAGAUAAUUUCUUAGCAACAAGAAUCCAAAGUAGCUAAGCAUACCAAGGAGAAAAACAUAAAAAUUCUACAUCAACGUAUAAUGAAUAAUGUGAAAAGACAAAAUGUUAGGGAAUCCCGCAUUUUGAACAGUUGAGAAUUUGCGCAUCUCGCUAACGUAAAUAUUGCGUGACAAAGGUUAUUUGAAAAUAUUUUGUUUUGUUGCUUCAUAAGUCAAAGCAGUGAUAGACUUCCUCCUAAUGAGUUUUAAUUGUUUGUCGGAAAAUAUUUGACGAAGUUUCCUGCAGGGAGUGCGAAUUGUAAGGUAUUGAAACGCAUAAACAAAGCUUGGCGCAUGCAAGUUUAAUAAGUUAAGAUUUUUGCUUUGUCGUAGUGUACACAGUUCUACGUCCACCAAGCUUUGUCAUCGCUAAGAUGAAUACUGCAACAACAUCUGGCGAUAGACAGCGAUCUCAUUUGUUGAUAAGUGGUAAAUAUAGUCGCAUUAAACCAUUCCGUGUGCAAACUAAUCGAAUUAAUAUUUACAUGGUCACAGUUGUUGCUCCCUACUUCAAAUUUCUGAACCAGCGAUAUAUCUCAGCGAACAUUGCCAAAAGUAACGAGCCAGCGAUAUAUCUCAGUCAGCGAUAUAUCCCUAACAAUGUAACUUUGAAAACACAGAAACGCGUUGCAUUUUAUGACCGGUGCCAGCCUUCGGCUAGGCCCCGGUAAUAAGCAAACUUGAGAGAAAUCGAGUACUAAGACAAGUUGCUUACUGGUACAACGUUUGGUGAGUUGGCCCAGAGUUUUUGCAUUUGUUUGUAUCUGUGUCAUUAAAUUUGGGCGUGAUCGAGUGUUAUGCUUCUCAUAAUUUCUGUGUCUCCGAUAAUUCAACAGGCACGAUUCACAUUAGCAUUAGCGAGUUUUGAUAAACUUUGAAAGUUCGCAGCUAGCUUUAAUAUGCAUAACUUUUUAUGUAAACAACUCGUAUGUUAAUGAGAGAAACACUGUAAAGUGAAGGGGUAAAGUAAAUUAUACAAAGUAUAUGCAGGGUUUUAACUAUUCAAAGGUCAAUUUUUGAGCUUCGAGAUGAAUCGCUUCAACAAAGUGAGUUCCUUAUUGUCGCCAACGACAAUAAUUUUUGGAUUUUCCGGUUAGGUCAAAUUAAUCAAACUAUAUUUUGGAGAGCAGAGGGAUUGGCUGAGGGGUGCGUGAAAAUAACGCUUAUUGUUUCCUGCUUAGAAUGGCUCACUUGCUGUUUUUUAUUCGCAAUGGUGGAAUUUGAAAAAGAACUGUACAGCCCCGACUUAAAAAUGGUACUCAUUUUUCUUGUUACGAAAGUCUUCCAAAAGGGUACAAUGUUCAAAUGAGUGACUGUUUAAGUCUCACAUGAGAUGCUACGUCACGCAGUAGUCAGCGACAAGUCUGGUGGCCUAAGUGUGCAGCCACCCCCUCCCCCAGGAAAAUUGGCAGCCCGGUGAAAAUCGCCUUUUGGCGAUUCUUGUUUCUGUAGUCGAUGGAAAAUAACCUGUGGGUAUUCUUUAAAGUUUUCGAGGUAGCAAAUUACAAACGAACUAAUUCCUUUUUUAGAGGUUGAAGAAACCUGAAAAUUAAAAGAAAUGAAUCUUGAACCGUAUAAAUAUUUUCAUCUUGUGGCACAAUGCGUUUUCGUGUCAACCAUAAAUUAUAGCUAAUCGUCUAUUGAUCAUCUCUAUCAGUCUAGGUUGAAUAAGGCCCUUUUAUCUUGAUGGGUAUUAUAGUGGGUUGUUUUCUCUUAAAAGCUGUUCGCUGCCCGUUCUGGUUAACUUUUCGUUUUCAUGCAGUACAAUAAUUCUGUAUAGUCUACAAUCAUGGACAAACGUCUUGGGACACUUUUGCGUUUCUGGGGCGUUUUCCAGUUCACACAGGUCCAACCCCUCCCCUUACCCACAAACAAUGUUGGACGCGUGUAUCCAGAAUUUUUUUCUAGUUUCAACUUUGUAUAGGGUGGGGGAGGGGGAAGUGCAAGAAAAUUUCGAAAAUGAUACACUGUUUUAAGAGGGAACCGAGAAAAGACAGAAAAAUAUGCAUAUUGUAGUACUGUCCCAAGGACUUUUGUCCGGGAUUGUAGGUUGUUAUUACUACCGCUGCGCACGUAUUCCUUGCCUGCAAUGUAACCACGUAUUUUGAAACCAGGGAUUCCUUGUAAGUUUGUCAUUUUGGAAGCGUCUGCUUAUAAUUGUGGAACUUGAAACAGUCGGUAACUUUUCUUGCAUUUCGGACAUUUCUUUUUGAACCUUUGAACAUUGAACUCAUUGUAAGCAUACAUUUUGCUUCUAGAAAACUCUUGCGCAGGAUAUACGGUCUCGAAUUCAUUUGAACCUUCUUGAACUUCAUUGUAAAUUGGACUUGACACAGUUGAUUUGCAUCUGGAUCUAUAGAAACGUGGAAUGUUUGUUCUUCAUGGAAUAAAGAUACAGUUUUUACACGCGGAGUUCGAGUGAUCUAUAAAUUUGUGUUGCUUAUUAUAAAAUAACUAACCUAGUACGCCGGCCCUGAUUGGCUGGGAGGUGUUUUCCCAAGAGAGUAUGUAAGGAAUUUGUGACGUCACGAUGUUCUGCACUCGCUAGAUUUGUGCUUAAAACUCGACAAGUGUUCUUUAUUACCGUCGGAUAAUACCGAAGAUCCCUCUGGCCUUCGAACGAGGUGCCAGACUUUUCUGGGCUUCCAUCGUCUUAACUUGUUCGACAUCGAGUGAUUGAUAACGAAAGUCAAACGGGCUAUUAUUUCUGGUAAUAGAAAGUAGCCCUCACUUAGCCUGUGUCACAGUCGUAAUCUAACCCCGGUUAGCAAAGUCUGGGAAGCUGCGCCGAUAUCCUUGUUCUUGUCCCCCAAGAGAAUAACCGGAAAUGCGCUUCGAAUUUCCCUUCAAGUUAAUUGGCGGAUUGACAAUGCGUUUUUUAAAAGGCCAAUCAGAGGCCAGUUGAGGUCCCAGAACAAGGGUAUCGGCGCUGUUUCGCAGAUUGACUUAACCAGAAGUUUAGUUCCGUCUGUGGCCCAGGCUACCCGCACUGGGAUUGGUUAAGAUCGAUUUUCCGUAAAUUACACCACUGGCGAAUGUGGUCAUGGUCACUUUUAUUUUGAUUGCCCGUAAGCACUUCGUGUCACCGGCAAAGAGAGCAACACAUGUUGAGAUAAAGCGUUGGCUUAUUAGAAAGUCUCCUCGAGCAACUUGCGCCCUCCAAACUUCCCGUUCUCGUCCAUAACUCCAUAUACGCACGCCUACCAUAACAAGAACGUUUGUUUUUGAUAAACUGCAAAGUUCUCUCAACGCGCGGCACAGAAGAAAAAACGCUUCUAUUGGUUGGUUUCAAACACACACCAAUGCAAUCGUCUAGUUUGAAAAAGAAAGAAAAUGGUUCUUCUCAAUCUGUUAACGAUAAAUGGAACCUAAUUCAACAGAACUAAAGGCAUACAUGUAAAGUUAAGAUACUUAAAUGUUCGUAAGAAUGCGUGUAGUAUGGUUUGAGUCAUUUAAACGAUUUGUAUGUUUUUGCUUAGCGAAAUCCAGGAAACUUGUUUGUUGUUUAGCGAGGACGACUAGACUGUCAUCUUGUGUCACAUUAUUCUUUUGCGAACAAUGGAAGAAGUCUUACAUGUACUGGACGUAAAGGCUUCUGAAAAUUGCAUAAUUUUUCACCAUUACUGUAAUAAUUAACUUUUUACAAAAGGAUGAACUAACAAACGAAAAAAAGGGAGGACACUUAAUAAUUAUUAUACAUAUAUGUUCUUCGACACCAAUUUGAGGUUGAAUGUCAGUCUUUUGCGCCAGACUUUUUAUCGACUCGGGCUUAUUAAUAAUUUUCACUUUUGCUGUUAGUUCGAGUGGCUAAAAAGCUCAAUUCCAAAAAUGCUAAGAAGUUCUUUAUCAUUGUCUUUGAUUAUUGGAGACUUUGUUGAACACCCAAAAUUCGAGUUUAAUAAACACAACUGAACACGUCAUCUCAUAUACGCACAGCCGUAGCCGUGAGUUUAUAAAGAUUUUUUAGGAGCACUCUUUUUUAUAGGAGCACUCUUAAUCUGCUAAAUGUAUCCAGUGUCUGUCCUAUUGCUACGUUGUCCCAAGACAGAUUUGUGUUCAAGGAUAUAUAUCCGGUUGAUUUUGUUCUGAAAGAGUUGUUAUUGAUACGUAUCAACAAACCAUCUGCCCUGUGCAUAUUCUUUAAGUUAUUCAACAUACUGCUCUUUUGAAUGUUAGACAAUAAUUGUGAAAAACAUUGAUAAGAGAAAUCUCAUCAGAGCCGUGUUUUUUAUUUUAUUAAGGUUUAUGACAUAGCCUGCAAUGCAGGCGUUUUCCUCGGGCGCGCGAACGCUUUGCUCGCGAAAGCGCCAUGUUGAAUCUCCAAAAGAGAGGAGGAAAUGACUACCCGAAGGGUUACUAUUUUCACUCUCCCUAAUCUUCCUCCGUCAUAAAAUCAAAGAUGGCGGUUACAAUAAUACGAACAUAAACAACCAGCUUUCGCCAGCCCAAAAUACGCCUGCACUGCAGGCUAUUUAUGACAUGACUAACUAUGCAAACAGUUUCGGCAAGUCUUAGCUUUAUUCCACUGGUAGGAGAGGUCAAACACAAGUCUGACUGGACUACUAACUUUUUAACAGAACCUGUCGCUGUUAGGGGCAUUAUAUUCGGAUUUAAUACUUGGGGUACUCCAAGGCUCUGUCUGGUGGCCGUUAUUGUUCACCCCGGAGCUGUCAAUCGAUAAAAAUCGGUACAUGACGAGAUUCAUAGAGGUCUGAAAUAGUAGACCUCUCCUAACGCUCGCCUAUUCAAUAGGCGAACAUCAGCAGCACACGCAGCCAUUGUAUUAUUUUGUUUACUUGUAUUUUUUAGACACUAAGGGCCUGUUAUUUUGCCCUUUUAUGACAAAAUCGUGUUAUAAUUAAGCCAUUUUUCAAUAAACCAUAUAGCACAGACUGGAAAAGCACGAGUGUAGUUUUUUGCCGAGGGUCGGGGGUCGAAGGUAGAAUGUAGAGGGUCGAGGGUAUAUUGUCGAGGGUCGAGGGUAAAAUAUCGAGGGUCGAGGGUAAAUUGUCGAGGGUGGUUUUUUAAAUUUUUUUUUUCUAGCUUUGGUCACAAGAUUUCGAGCCUUUCUUGAAUUUACCGAAAUGCCAAUAUGUUAAAACACGCAUUUCCUCUUUUCGGCGCCUCUUAUAUCACUUUCACGUGUCUGGGGAACGUCGGCGUGUGAUUUCGCUCGUCUGUUUCCCUUGCUCAUUUCGUUUGCCUUUUCCCUUGCUUUUUCGCUUGCCUGUUUCGCUUGCUAUAAAUUUCGUUUGUUCGGAUUUGUUUUCUUUUAAAGAUUUCCUGUUUGGAGAAAACAUUAGAAAGUUAGGGUUCGAACUAACAUUAAAAUAGGGCUGACAGGACUACAAGACUCCGUGUUUAAAGCCUUUUUCAUAGUUUGGCUCUCCCGAGAAUGUCUUUGAGCGACCGCCCUCUUUUGUACGAGGAUUUUUGUAGAUUUCUCUCAGUAAUGGUUGUUACUCUAUUAAAUGCCAGUUUCUCAUGAGAAUUUGCUUAAGGUUAAGCGCUGAUGGUUGGUAUUGUGUGACAAAAGGCAACAUUCGUAGGUUUCUCUUUUAUUUUUGUUGAAGGGCCAGCUUCCUGUCUUUGGAAUUAAUCUCUAAGGGGGUUGUGUUAAUGAGAUCCCCUGGGUAACCUUUCUGUAGCAGAUGUGAUUUGAAGUUUGUAAUUUUCUCUUCGAAUAUUAGUUUAAAAGAAUUUGUUCUGAGAAGUCUUUGUAGGGCCUCUCCUUUAAUGAAGCCUUUUUUAACUCCUUGUUGGUGACAGGAACUAAAAUGCGUAUAAUAUUGAAAUGUCUCAGUUGGUUUAAAAUGAGUACGCACAUCAGGUGCAAUCAUCAGGUGAGGAUUGCGUCUCUUUCAAAUCUUGCGCCUUUGUAGAUGUAGGUGUCCGGGAAUGUUGUUUCCUUAUCGGAAAUUUCAGCCUUACAUUUGAUCAUAGGGUGAUGAUUGUUCGCUUGGUCAAUGAACUGUUCUAUUCUGUGUCUGUUUAUAGUCCAGAGCGAGAAUAUGUCCUCUAUAUAACGAGCGGUUUUAGUUCGCUUUGGUUGAGGAUUUCGGUCUCUACCUUGUUGAAGAACAGAAAAGGCGAAUGCCAUUUUCUUGCCCAUGGCUGAACCAUGUGUUUGAAGGUCGUUUUUUUCCAUUAAACCGGAAUGAGUAUUCUUGAAGAAUUAGCCUUUUACAUUGGUAUGCCUGUGGUGCGGACGGUCGCUCACUCGGUGUACGGUCACGUGAUUACCAAAUUUACUCAGAUGGGUAGAUUACCAAAUUUCCUUAGCUAUGGGGCUCCGCCCACGCGCGACGCUUCGCGCUGCGAGUGGAGCUCCGCUACCGCUACAAAGGAACCCAAAAUAUACUUACCCCGCUUUGGCUGAUGUUUAGAAAAUUGAGAAAGGCUAGAGAGCAUCACCGUGCAGUUGAAUUCAGUCAGCGACCCUCAAUAAAAAUCAUUUACGCCUAGUAGGCCUUUCCCGAUUGCGCUGAGCACCUUUUGAGCACUUUUUUGAGUUUGGAGCACUAUUUUGCAGUUUGAGCACCCUUAAGCACUUUUUCGCACUUUGGGCAACAUUUGAGCAAUAUUUCACAUUUCGAGCAAAUUUCGAGCAACAUAUGUCUUCUAAAACAUUUUAAAGCAAAAGCUGUGUGUCGCUCGCAACGAGAAUCGUGUUCCAGGUCAUAAAUUUGAAUAACUAAUCAUGUUGUCAAGAAUAAAAACACCGUUGUCAUGGAAAGGCACGUGGACUUAUAAUUACUGAGCGUGAGAGCAGAAGUUUCUGAUUGGCUGAUGUAUCAUGCGUGUGUCAUCUCAAAUUUCUAAAUCAUUUGAUUUUAUUUACAAUUCUUAACCGGCUUUAGUUUUUUAAAAAAUUAUUGUUCUAUAUCCUAUCAACCUUUCGUAACAACCUGUCGAAUAACGCUACGCAAAAUAGAUUGUUAAUUACUUCAGUAAAAAUUGACAUAUUUACGAAAAGCUUAGAGGCAACUGUUCACAACUUUUAGCACUUUAUGAGCACUAUUUGGAGAUUUUGAGCACUUUUUGAGCACUUUUUAGCCAUUUUUGCCAGCACUUUUUUAGGAUUUUACGAGCGCAAUCGGGAAAGGCCUAACGCCUAGAUAGUCAACAACGACGUGAAUGCCCGAGUUUCUGACUCGACAGUCAUCUGCCACCGUCAGGAGAUCAUACGAUAUUGCUUCUCGAGCGAAUCUCUCAUUUUAAUUUCCCCAAUUCAGUAAUCCACGACCAAGUACCUUUUCCAGAUCUUCUCCGCACGACGAAACGCUUUCUCUGACUUCUCUGGCCGCUUACCUCUAUAUUUUCUAGUAGUUGGAGGGAAUUUAGUCCUUCUUUGAUCGCUUUAAACCCGCUUUCGUCUGCAUUCCAUCGGCGCAUUAAAGGCUCGGGCUAAGGUUGAAACGACAACAAUAUGAUCUUUCCUCAUUGAAAAACCCAACCUCAAUGGGUCGACUUCGAGCGUCAGUACUGUCUGUAUACUAUCGAGCAAGUCAUGAAUAGUUAUAAAUAAUCGGCCAUGCUACUUCCAAACAUCAUCUCUACAUAAAAAAGUUUAAAAUUUUGACUUGCCAUGACUUAUAUCUGUCGGUAAAACCAUUUGGUCACUGAUACUGCGUACGUUUAUUACGUUUGUUAAUUUCGCAAGCGAGGGUCCAAAGACUGCAGAUGCUUUUCCCGACGAACGCGCCACUUUCAUGCCGGCUUUGAAAGUUCACGCGAUAUCGCAUUGUUGUCCCCGCAGGGAUUUCGCCCAGAAGGCGAAAUCCCGAGGAGGCACUCUAGUAACUCGUGCGUAUAUACUUACAGUUGAAAUAUACAGUCAGUUGAACAGGGGCCGCGAGGAAUCUGCAGGUAAUGAUGGCGUUUUUAUUGUUCGCGCCCACAAGUACGGGAUUCCGGUUAAGAUGACGCUAAGACAGAAAACGCUCCCCAUACUUCGAUAUUAUUUAGCGUUAUGUGUUAUCAGUGACAUUCUAUAGAGCAGUUGUUUUGAAAGUUAUGGACCAAAAGACACUCGUUAAGCGCAGAUGAAGUUAUAAGGUGCGUAUAACUGUGUGUAUAUAAACACCAGGAGAGUUUACCAGGCACUAGUUCACAAAUCUUUUAUUGCAAACCUCGCCGGACACUCUUUCUCUAUAUCUUUGGGCGAAGGCGAGUGAAUCAAAGGCUAGCCUAUUACCAGCAGAAAGAUGGACGAUUACAGAAAUUCGCCGACAAUCAAAUUCCGUGCUGACUUAUUUCCUGCUCACCGAUGUCCUUCCCCUAUAAAGUUUUAAAAAAGACUAGAAUACGCAAACGUGAAUUGAUCAAACGUCCUUUUAAUUUCUAAGGCUUACCGUUCCGGCAAAUAUAAUGCACUGUAUGUAAAAAGGGAAAGAAAAAUAGCUAAAAAUUCAACUUCUAAUUAAAUCUUUUCUUAUGGUUUAGAAUAAAUUAUUCCUGAAACUGAGAAUGUUUUCAGAUCAAAGCUGUGAAAAUCAAACUGAAGCAGUGCAUGGAACCUUGCGUUUUUUGGUUGACAGUAGUGUCAACCAUUACUAGUGAUACAAAUAGCAUCUGUCUUUCGUCUCAGCUCGUCUUCCAUCGGUGACACAAACCACACAAGUCAUAACAGAUUAGGGACGGACCAUUAGAAAAGUUAUGGUGGGGGAGGGGAAUUUUCGAGCCGCAGGAAUUUUUUUUCGUUAUGAAAUUCCUGGUAUGAAUUUUUUUUAGGUCAUAGCAUGAAAAUUUUUUAGGAUUAAUUGGCGUGAACGAAUUUUUUUCCUUUAAUUUUCCCUUGCGCGAACUUCGCCCCCCCACCCCAAUAAGUUUUCUAAUGGUCCGUUCCUUAAUGGCUAUUAAUUGAAUCCUAAUUAGGUUUUUACAGAGACACUGGAAAUCGAAACGUCCUCUCUGUGGUGAAUUUCAAAGUCGUAUGAAUCUCGUCAUGAAGAAUCAAGUGAUUUUUAUCGAUUGAUAAUGGAAAUCGGUGAAAAUCGAUAAAAAGAAUUGCUGUGUGAAAUCGAUAUUAUCGAUUUUUCAUGACCUCAACAAUUUAUAACGAAAGUCCACCAUCGUUUUUUGUCAUGAGUUUUGAAAUAAGUGUUACUUUUUUUUAAUUCUCUGCUAAAUAAGGUAUCUAUCUAUCUAUCUAUCUAUUUGUGUAUCUGUGCAUUCAUUCACGUCCUUAUUCUUGCGGAUAAAAGCUGAUAAAUAUAUAUUUUGCGAGUAUUAUUACAUAUACACUACAAAGGCGGAACUUGCAUUGUUAUUAACUCUUGUAGAAGUACCAUCAAUUCUACAUACGAGGCUCAAAACGUUGCGGUUGAUGAGGUUAAUACUUUUAAAAAGAAACAAGUUCACCUAGAAAGUAAAGUAAGAGGAACUACAAAUAAAAAUAGCACAAGACUACCACACAUACAAUUUCACUUAAUUUCACGUCUUUUGUGUAUGUCCUGGAUUUGCUCCUCUAUAUAAAGUAGACCGUGCUGUUUCAUCAACCAUCGGGAGCAGUUAUGUAGGGCUCUAUCUAGGAUUUAUCGUUUGGGGGAGAAGUAACUAGUGGCCUUGGCCACGAGUUUCCUAGGGGGGUCCAGGGGCAUGACGCCUUCCGCCCCCUGGAAAGGUUUGGAAAUGAAUUUGCGUUGAGACACAAUUUUGAGAAAUGUUACAGUGGUAUUUUAUUUUAAAAUAAAAUAAAAAACUCUAUGUCCCUUGUCAUAUAGUGUCCUUGGACAGGAAAUACUUACUUCAUGUGCAUUGACCUCGUCACGUCUGGAUGAUUUUUUUUCUGACAUAGUUAUUUAUAUACUGUAAUGAUAACAAUAUUUUUGGGGGGGAAGCUGGGCAUUUGAGGGGGAAGCUUCUACCCCCAAAUAUCCUAGAUAGACCCUGUAAUGUAAAUAUUAACCAUCAUGAAAAGGAUUUGUUUGAAAUAACCAUAGCGGCGAUAAUUUCUUUGGUUAAUCGCCAGUUCGGUGCAACCAAUGUUCUAAAGCCUUACCUUGUUUCAGUCUCGGUUUUUUUCUAUUAAUAGAACAACUAAGCUAUUACUCCAACUGAUUAAAACCAACAUUUCAUUUUCACUGAAGAUUCCCAACAUGGCAAAGAUGAGCCCUGACGAUGAAGUAAUUAACGGACUUGGUGCUAAAGCUAUUGAUGUCACAAAAGAAUGGGUGAAGAACCUCUGUAAGAGAGUUUCGUCCCUCCAGGAACUUACAAGGCUGAGAUUGCAAGAGCUGGAAGACUGCUGCCGUGGAGCCGAUGAAAGAGAAAUGAAGAAGGUUUAUCAACUUGUAGAGGAAGCAGAAUCAACCAAGAAUCUACUCGCUGCCAUUCCAAAUGACGACAAACUUAUUCAACAAACCAUGGAAACAAAAGCGCAGACUUGAAAACGCUGAAGAACGCCAAAGAGUUGCUGAACGAAGCAAAGGCUAUUGCUAAAGAUCAAUCAGAGUCAUCAAAGAAAACCUUAAAUGAAACAUUGGCUUUGAUCAUGAGCACUCUAGAGCUUCCUAUAGAUUGGCUAAGGGAGGAUGAAGUAAAACCAGCGGUAUUGUUUCAGUAUCUGGAUAAAAUUAUUAAGCAGUGCAGCGAUGUUUUGGAAUCUGCUGACGCAUACAAAAGUGAAGUGGAAAUCGUCACUAGGGCCAGCGCUGGGAGAGCCCUUUGUGGAAUUUAUUACUCCAAAUACGAGUCUCCAAAGCCAGCUGGAAUUCCUUUGCUUCUAGUACCAAUGACUGUGACCUUAAACAGUCCUAACAGUGCUCAAGAAGUAAAUUACAUGAAAUUUUCCGCAAAGGGCAUAGCUACAGACUACGUACGAACAGUUGAAUCAACCAGCACCAACAUUGGUUUUGGUGUGGCUGGUUUUGAGGACCUUCUCGUUGGGGAAGUGCAAAAUGAAAACAGCCAUGAGGACAACAGUCUCGUUUCUCAGUCUGCCAAAACUACAAGCACCAGUGCAUCUGCUCUACAGUACAUUCGCAUAGCCAAAAAAGUUUUCCAAAUCGAGCCACACCAGUUACGCCUUUCCUUGACUGCUGAGAAAAAGGCAAAGUCCAUUGUCCAGGAUAGAAACCCCAGAGCACUGGAGUGUGAAAAAUCUGCUCGCAUCUUUAUGGAACGCUACGGAAGCCAUUUUCCAGCUGGGCUGCACACUCUGGGCCGAGUUUUUUUUAAUAUUGCUGAUGCCGAAAGUAAAAGCACCACAGAUAUAUUCAAGCUGACAGAGGCUGCAGUUGCAUUUCUUGGCGGAGCACUGAGGAUUGGAGUCAGUGGUACUGAAGAGUACACAAACAGUGGAGAAAACAGUGAAGAGACAAAUACAUCCAUCCAGAAUGAGAGGUUUUCCCAUUCUGUGAGGUCUAUAGGACCCCCAGCAACAAAUCCGGUUACUUUCCAAAAGCUGCUUUCUUACAGCUCCACUUGGGCUUUGAUUGACCGUGGCCCCAGCACAAGUUAUAUACCUAUCUGGGAAUUAAUUGAAGAUCUUGGAAGUGAGUUCAGGGAAGCAGCUACAGCCCUCAAGGAAACGUGGCAUAAAGACGAAGAUCUAAGGCAGGAAAAGUGGGAAGCGGAGCAAAACCACUUAAAAAGACGAGAAGAAAUUGAACAAAGAAGUAAAGAACGAAUACUGGCGGAAGCAAGAGAAGAGUUGCUGCGUAUCCGGGAAGAGCAUCUUGCAGAAAGGGUGAGAGCAAAUUCAACUGGAAAGCACCAGUGUACAAUGAGAAAUGAUAACCUUGAAUGUUGUAUACUUAUAAGAUGUACAAUGCAAUACUAUCCAACCCUAAUAUAACGUUACAGCACAUCUGUUUCAAACAAAAUGAUAACCAGUUUACGGCGAAUGCUCACGAAUGUCAGUGGUAAAGACAGACCGAAAGACAGACAGAGGGCAGUGUGAAAGAUUAAAUGCUGCGAUUCCUAGGCCACUAACAUCGGUGAGACCGAUAGAACCCUUAACAGGCGACUGGCUGAACCUAAACGAGCGAACAAGUAAUGUUGAUGUCAACAAUCACGUUGCUGAACACCAUUUACAGACAAACCAUCAGAUCAACUGGGACUCAGUGAAAUGCAUUACCUUUUCCUACAGACUACUACCAACGUCUUACUUUAGGAAGCUGGUUUACUAACUUAGAACAAACGCCCCUGACUUGAAGUCGGCAGUUGGUGGAACCGUACAAACGACUUAUUGACGGACGGUACUGGUAACUGUUUGCUACGAUUCAGUGGCGUUUGUUCUAAGUUAGUAAACCAGCUUUUUAAAGUAAGUCGUUGAUAGUAGGUCUGUAGAAUACGUAAAGCAUGUCGCAGAGUCCCAGUCAAUUUAAUGUUUCGUCUGUCAAUGGUGUUCAGCAAAGUGAUUGUUGACGUCACCAUUCCUCGUCGCUCGUUUGUGUUCGGUCAGUCGCGUGCUAAAGUUUCUGCCGCUUUCACCAAUGUAAGAAGCCUGGCAGUAUCAGCAUUUGAUCUUGCUUCCCGUCUGUCCUCCGGUUUGUCUUUGUCCUUGACAUUAGUAAGCAGUCGCCGUAAAGUGGUCAUCGGUUUGUGUGCAGCACGUAUAUUGUAAGGUUGUAAUAUGCGUGCGAUAGUUUCAGAGGUGCCUCUGAUGUACGGUAUAGUCCCUGUCGUGACAGGGCCAGAGUUGACCUUGGUCUGAGUGUUGGAAACAGUGUUACUGUGAGUAACUGUUCAAUCCCGUUUUCCAUGUGCUGGAAAAUCUGACAAGAACAGCAUAUUUUCCCUCUGUUAACUGGUGGCAAAUGCCAAGUUGUCGUUGUCUUUUCCGAAGUGGGAAAAAGAGUCACGAACGCGAUAUUUUCCUUACAUUAACCGUUUGGCAAAAAUUUCCGCUUAAAGAGAGAAAGCGCACUGUUCAACCACUUUUUCCGUGUGCUGGAAAACGUGAAGUAAACAGCAUAAUUUUCCUGGUUUUAACGGAUUGUUAACGCCGAGUUUUCCUUGCGAAUUCCGAAAUGAGAAAACGGAUCGUGAACGUGGCAUUUUCAAUACAUUAACAGUUUGGUAAAAUUACAAAUUAGGAGAUUUUUUGCCGUGUAGGUUUUAUCUGAUUUACUAAUUAUUAGUCUCUAUUACAUACCUCUCUCACGAAAGUAGACCUCAGCCGUUUCUAAAAAAUGCAAUUAAAUCGGCCACUAUCCUGUUUGGGGCGAUAUUAUGUUUCUUGUAGACCCUCAUUGGCAUUCUUAGGGUAAAGUAAGCUUCACAUGCAUCACCCUAAUAACAUCUCCUGGGGCCGUGGAACUGAUAUUUAUCAAAGGGUGGGUGUGUACAUCAUACGCUUAAUGUCAGAUCCCGAGGGAAACAGUUAGUUUUGUUUUCCCAAGAGUCCUGCUGUUUCCCGAGACGAAGUCGAGGGAAACAUCAGGACUCUCUGGAAAACAAAACUAACUGGUUUCCCGAGGGAUCUGACAUUAAAUGUUUUGUGAUAUUUCUAGACUUUCACUUCAACGGUAACAAACAAAUGACCGAAGCGAGGCAAAACAGUGCACUCGGUACUUAUAACAACACAAAUUUAGUUCUUAAAACCACUGAAUGAAUGAUUUAUAAAGUACUUUCCUUAUAUUAUCAGCAUCUUUUUCCUCCACUAGCUGCUGUUUCUCUUCCGGGAUGACUUUGAAAAUCGUUGCUUUUUAGCUUAAGGCUUCGUGUUUGUGUUCAAGUUGUUGUGUUCAUUCACGAAAAAGAAAACUGGCAGUGUUUUUCCCGCCUUCUGUCACACCACUCUCACCGUGCUUUGAUCACGUGCUGUAAUGUAGCCCGAGUGGGGUACAUUGCUUAAUGUAUCACGAUCGGGAUACAUUUGAUUUUAGUCAAGGCCACGUGACCAAGAAUCAACCAAUGGCAGUUCCCGUUUAGUUGAGUGAAUGUCUAGGAAUAUAACAAUUAAGAAAUAUUGUAAAUGAUAAUACUUAUUUGCAUGUUAUAACUGCGAUGAAUAACAAUAUUUGUUGUGUAUUUGUGUAUACUUCAGGGAAACCGAAAGACCGAUUGCUUUCAAAUGCGCCAGAAGCGUCUCAACUGGUUUUCUCUUUCGUAGUAACCUUUUUGGCAAAUGCUAACCAAGUGGAAGGCUAGUUUUCUCAAAUAUUGAUAAGACCGAGGUUCACUAAUUGUUUUGUUCCUGUUUACAGGAACCUGGUCUUUGGGAAGGUUACUUUCCAAAAAAUGGUAAACUCAUCUUCACCCAAAACUGGAUGACACGAGAUGAUGCUUAUGAAAAAGGAAUUGAGAAGAUCAUGCAGGACCCGCAUCACAACAUCUGUAGAAUAACUUACUGGCUAUUUCAGGGUUAUUCAUUACAAUGCUGGAGAGUCUCAGAUGAUGAGCCCAUCGUUUUUGAAAAAAAAUUUGGAAAGUAUCGUUUGUUCUUCAGUGAGUUGCUUUUUAAAUGGAGGGACAUUGUUCCUAGACGAGGGUAAGAAGAAGUACACACUUAGGGCUACAUUGAGACCUUUAGUCUCUGUUACUUGUGGUUCGGGUGGCUAAGUGAUUUAGGGAGACAUAAGGCGAUUUCACCGUAUUUCGAAAAACUCCAUAAUCAGUAAUUAACGCAUGCACUGUAACAAUAACCUAGACAUACAAAGUAGCAAGCAAGGCUGUUGAAAAAAAAAGACUAAAAAUUUGCCCAAAUGGGCCUGUGCUAAAGCCGCGGCUACUUGAUAGUGUAAUGUUGACAAACUAGGUUAAAUGAUCAACUUUUUUUCGCCUUUUAGUUAAGGGUGAGCUGGUGAUUUACUAGAAUGUUUUAUAAGCUAAAUACGUAAGUACAAAAAAAACGUAAAGUCCUUGAAAGUGCUGUACAGCCAUCGUUUUUGUUAAGAAUAUCAUCGCGU